AUGGCCACCUUGCAAUUUACGCCGUUUACAUCCCAAGUCUCUCCGCAGCUGUGGCAUCAGCUCUCAAAGCUCAAGAUUGAUGUUCUUAAACUCUCAAAGGACUCGAUUAGCCUAGACGCCACCUAUGGCGCCGGCCGGACAAUCGUCGACCGCGAGACGGGCAAGGAUAUCGCAUUAGGAUGCACUCUCAACGCGUCUGGCGAUGGAUUCUCAAAGGAUACAUUCACACCAGCAGCAAACGUCGCCGUUGCAUCUGGAACCGUAUUCAACUUUAACACGAUUGAAGAGUUUAAAGACGCGAAUAAAAAGGCACUAUUCGCCCAAAUCGCUGACAAAAUCUGGGCUUCGUUUGAUACCGACAGUCCACAAUUGUCAAGUUUCCUUCUGAUUACGUUUGCCGAUCUCAAAAAGUACAAGUUCUUCUACUGGUUCGCCUUUCCGGCCUUUGUCCCUGCAGACCCUUGGGUGGCAGAGGGCCAGGGACUAGUCUCUGCAGAAAGCGUCCUCGGUUCUCAAAAGCUCGAAGACAUUGCUGCAGUCGUCCCAACACACCCACAAGCCUUUCUCAUUCGGGAGAUUGGUGGGAAACUCGAGACUGCGCCGAUUACACAAUAUGCCACCUUUUUCAAAGACACACCAGAGCAAUCUAGAACGGUUGCCUUUCUCGACCCAUCGUCUGAUCCUCAAUCCCCCGGGUGGCCUUUAUUGAAUAUAUUGGCGUACCUGUUCCAUACACAACCCAACGCCCGCAAACAUCAAGUUCUCUGCUGGAGGGAUACAGUCAUCCCAGAAGCCGGACACUGGAGAUCACGCUGGGCAACCAUUUGCGCCAACGAGAAGACACUCUCCGGUACACGUCCAUCCGCAGUCGGUUGGGAACGCAAUGCCCAAGGCAAGCUUUCCCCUCGCAUGGCCGACUUGGGCUCCUCGAUGGACCCACUACAACUCGCCGACCAGGCGCUGGGAUUAAACUUGAAGUUGAUGAGAUGGCGUAUCCUACCUGCUCUCGACCUCGAAAGGGUCGCGGACACGAAAUGUCUGUUGCUGGGAGCGGGCACAUUGGGUUGCUACGUCGCGCGAACGCUCAUGGCGUGGGGCGUCAAGAAGAUUUCACUCGUCGAUUCGUCCAAAGUCUCGUUUUCGAACCCCGUCAGGCAACCCUUGUUCGAGUUUGAAGACUGUCUGGACGGUGGCCGGCCCAAAGCCGAGUGUGCUGCCGAAAGGCUGAAGAAGAUUUACCCAGGGAUCGAUGCAAAUGGCUAUUCGAUGUUCAUUCCGAUGCCCGGACACCCGAUAGCCAAAGAAUCGUUGGAGCAGACGAAGAGGGACGUUGCGCAGCUUGAAAGACUGAUCGACGAACACGACGUCGUCUUUUUGCUCAUGGAUUCUAGAGAGAGCAGAUGGCUCCCGUCAAUCGUGGCCGCCUCGAAGAACAAGGUGCGUCCAUACCGCGCUGCAUGGAGCGUGCGGGUUCUGUGGAAUGUGAUCAAACUGAAAUGGGUGGAGCAGAUCGUAAUGAAUGCGGCGCUGGGCUUUGAUACAUUUGUCGUGAUGCGGCAUGGCGCGCGCGCCACUUCGUACCCGGCGGGUCAUGCCGGCGUCAAGCUUGGCUGCUACUAUUGUAACGAUGUCGUCGCUCCUACAGAUGUGCGUGAUUUUUCUUUUCCCCUCUUGCUUGGAAAAUUCUGUCCUUCUGACGACGGCGCCUCGCCCUCUGAUCCAGUCCCUGACCGACCGCACCCUCGACCAAAUGUGUACAGUGACUCGACCAGGCCUGGCAUCCAUCGCCUCUUCGACAUGCGUGGAGCUCCUGGUAUCGAUGCUCCAACAUCCAGAUGGGUCAUUCAGGCGUACGAGGCUCAGGGCUUCCCACUCCUUCUCCGAGUGUUCAACGAAGAGGGCUUCCUGGAGCAACUUACUGGUCUCGACAAGCUCCAAGAAGAAUCGCAGGCGGCACUGGAUGAGAUUGAGGGCCUCAACUCGGACGAAGACGACUUUUGA